UUCAAAGACCUUUUAACGUGGAAUCACAGCCACAGCAAUCUCUCCAAGCCUAUAAAUAGACAUCAAAAUUGAACUUCAAUUUCAUUCCAUUCCAUCCAAUCCAAUCAACUAAACAAGAAAAUGGGUUCCAAAACAAUUGUUUUCCUUGGCCUUUUUCUGGCAGUUGUUCUUCUCAUCACCUCCGAGGUGACAGCCAGGGAUUUGGCUGAGACUACCACUUCUACUGCUUCAACUGAAGCUGCUGAACAGACUAACGGGUUUGAUGAUGCCAAGUACUAUGGUGGUGGCGGACGCGGUGGAUAUGGAGGCGGCGGGUAUGGAGCUGGCGGACGCGGUGGAUAUGGAGGCGGAGGCGGCCGAGGAGGAUAUGGAGGCGGAGGUGGCCGAGGAGGAUAUGGAGGCGGAGGCGGCCGAGGUGGGGGCGGCGGAUACGGAGGCGGCAUAGGAGGAUACGGAGGCGGCCGAGGUGGAUAUGGAGGUGGCGGUUACGAAGAAGGGAAUUAAUAUUAUAGGUGCUAAUAUUUAAGAUAUCUGUGCACCUUGAUAAAGUACGUAUGAAUAAUGGAAGAAAUCUAACCAAGCCUUUCAGAUUAAUAGUCGUGUAGCAGUUUCUCUGUUAGGGCAAGGUUUGUACUUUUCUAUGUUUGGUUUUCAACUUGUGCAAAUUCGUAAUAUUAUUGGUAUGUUUCGAAGUA